AUGUUUGCCCCAUCACGGUCAAGUUAUGGAGCUUGCUCCAAGAAUUCACCUCAUCCGAGCCAGUCUAAUGCUGCUGGGGAAGUACAAGCUAUACUCGCAGUCUGGGAAACAGAAAAUUUUCGUGUGUCGUUUACAGCUAAGCCCACACUAAUAAGACUCUCAGAACUAAUUGAACAAGCUACUGAUGAAUUUUUGCAACAUGAUCCUGAUCCUCUGGAUGAUCGUCAUCCAGCCAAAACAUAUCCAUCAUGUAUUCUAGGUCAUCUACUUAAAGUUAUCACUCGUUAUGAAGAAUUCAUGAACAAGCUUAUUGUCUCUUAUUUAAUGUCUCGCGAUGAUGUCGAAGUAAAUAUUGCUUCAGCGCGGUUAUUGCUCAAUCUUACUCCUGGUUUAGAUACUUCCGUGUUAUCUGAAACAGAAGGAGUUGUUUCACAACUCUAUAGAUGGGCGGAAAGUGAUGCAACUAACAAUCAUUUAAGAGCAUACUCAUUUGGUUUAUUAGCUGUUGUCUUGGAUGUGACAAGUGUUGCUAGUAAUCUGAAGUCAUCAAAUUCUGCUCUUAUUCCUAUAGCAUUGCGGCGUUUAAAAUAUUUAUUUGAACGAAUGAGCAGAGAGAGAUUGGAGACCAUACAAGAAUCACAGCCUAAUAAUAAAGAUUGUGUAAGUGAUGUUGGCCCGUUUGUAGGGUUGGUCAACGAAGCAUUCCAUAGUAGUUCGAAAUCAUCUUUGAUUGAUGUUGUGAAAGAGCACGAUACAGAAAAAAUCCAUAAUGAGAAAUCGUCAUCGCCAUCUAUAUCAGCUAGUACCUCUUCCUUUCGCUCUUUUAUUGUCGGAGAAAGGCAAUCAACAUUAAGAAUAAGUGAACCACGAACAGCUGAAGAUCUGAAUCAUACUUCACCACCAAAGAAAAAAACAAAAUUAAGUGAAGAACAGAAGGAUCGUAAUUUAGAAACACCACCUUCUCUGCUUAUUGAAGGGCAAAGUAAUAGUCAGUGGGCUAUUAUGCAAAAACGUCGACUUGGAGAAUAUCGUAUCUUUCCGUUAACAACUAUCAUGGAACAACGCCUUAUUAUUCAAUACCUCACACCGAUUGGCGAAUAUCAAGAUCUUUUGAAAGAAACAUAUGAAAACCGUUCGUUGGAUCUCAUCAUAGAAUAUCUUCGAGGUGCUCAAGAUUAUGACAGCCGCCUUAUGUUUGACGUCUUGAAGUAUCUUUCUGCUCUGCUGGUUCAUCGCAAACUUGCACUGGAUUUUGUGGCUGCAGGAGGUGUAAAUCUUUUGAUUCGUAUAGAGCGAGAAUCACUAGCCUCAGUUGUUGUGGGGACGUGCUUAUAUUAUUUGGCAUAUAAUUCGGAUGCUAUGGAGGGUGUUUGCUUAUUAUCAGAACAAACUUUGGAUCAAAUUGUCCGUUUAACUCCUGUUUUAAGCUAUGUUAUGUGGCUUCUGGAGCAUAGUUAUGAAAGUGGCCGUGCAGGCGCAAGCAUGUUUUUUACUCAUGCAUUCCAGUUUCGACCUAUUCUUGAGCGAUUUGAUGACUUCGAUGGUCCACGACGCAUGUUUAAUUAUAUUUCAACUUUAACUCUUUUGCAAGAAGAUUCGACGAGCGUUCUCUCUGAUGAGCAUAUGUAUACUAGUAUGCAAGCUAUCAGAAACACUUGCACAGCAUUUAGAAGUUACAUGGCUGCACAGGUUUUUGUCAAAGUAGAGCAUCUAAAGCGAACGCACAUGUCUCGUUUACAGUCUCUUCGAGAUGUCAAUAUCCCUUCUUGUGUUCAUAACUUACCUCCUAACAAGGGAAUGCAUCUUGACGACGAAAGUUUGAAAAUUUGUGUUUGGACUCUUAUACAUUGUUUGGGUUUGCAUUCAAGCUGGAAACCUGUUGAUGAGUUGAAACGUUUGGGGUUCAUGCGUUCUAUAUAUUUUCUUAUUGCUAUGGGUAGUAGUUGGAGUGGCACAGCGAAAAUUGAAAUUCUCAAAAUGUCUCUUGAUGUUUUAUGGAUGUGCUCAGUCGUGCCACGCAUCCAAAUGGAUAUGUGUGAAAAUAGUUUCAAAAUUCGAGAACAAGAUGUGAAUGUUAUCGGGUCGAUUCUAGAACUUUGUGAAGGUGAUAUUAUUCCUGAUGCAGAAGUUCAAUUCGCUGCUUUAAGAGUGAUAAUAAAUUGUGUAUGUGGCCCUCUAGAACGACUUAGUGGACGACAGGCUGUAUCGCCUUCUGUAAAUGAAGUUGUUGCGCCGCCCACAGACUCUCGAGGAAGUUGCCGAAACUUUGCGACGCUUGCUAGAAUGCGAAAACAAAAAAAAGCUCAGAUAGAGUCAUUUAUGGAAAAAAUUUGGAGUAUUGUACGCAAAAACAGUGGAAUUAUGAUCUUGAAAAAAUUAUUGUACACAGAAAUACCGAUCACAGAGGCUGAUUCACUUCGUGCGUUAGCGUGUCAGGCUUUUAACGGCUUGGCACGCUUUGAAAGUGUUCGUCAAAUUCUGGAAGUAAUGCCGCUUUUCGCUGAUGGCGAACUUUGUGGUCUAAUGCGAGAACCUGUUAUGCCAGAACGACGUGCAGAACAUGCAAGAUUUUGUGAACAAGCCCAUAUAUUAAUUGAAAGAAUCACUAAGAGGCGAUUUCAUGAAUUUCCCAAUGAUCUAACCAAAGAAAAGCUCUGGAAAUGGCACAUCGUAGCUCAGACAAAAGUUGUUUACAAUGAUCAAGAACUGUUGCAAUUGAUACAUCAACAUUUGCUCAAAAAGGGUUUAUUAAAAACAGCAAACAACCUUAAAGAAGAAGCUAGUUUACCUGAUAUACCUGCUACCCGUAUUUCGAGUCGUUUGACAUCUAUUGGUGCAUUGCCAAAAUGUUACGAAAACACGUUCUCUGAUUUCGACAGUGACAUUGUGUCGAGAAAAUCUCGAAUGCUUGGUGCAUUUCAUCAUGAGAAUCGGCCAGAAUAUGCCCGACCAAAAAUACUGCAGAAACAGAACAUCAGUUCGUCUUCAUUAGAUACUUAUUGGAAUGAUACCUUACCAACAACUUCAUCUUCGAGUUAUUCAAUUGAUCCUGAGAAAAUGGAUAUUGUAGGCAGCACAGGAAGUGACAAAGAUUCUCUAGUGUCAUCAACGAUGCCAGUACCUCCUAAAAAUCUAGACGAAAUAAUUACAGAUUUUUUCAGGAACCAGCACUCAACAUGUCGGAAUCCGGUGUCCACUUGUCCUCCUUUCUCUUUUUACUAUCCACAUCACUGUCCAGAACCUCAACGUAAGCAUUUUGCGCCAAAAAAUAUUGCAAGCCGAUUUUUUAGCCGCUCGAUAAUUUCACCCACAUGGCACAAAGAAAGGAUUAGAGAGGAUAUUUGUUUUGCUUUCAGUCGCUUCCGUCCGAUAAGAACAUUUAGUGAAAGCGAGGAAACGUUUACUUGCUGCAGUUUUUCGAUUGAUGACGAACAUAUUUUAUUGGGCUCCUAUGCUGGCGCUCUGAACUGGUUCAAUAUACAUACCGGUGUUCAGGAAUCAAAUACAGAUUGUCAUCAUAGUGCUAUUACUGGUAUUGAACAGUCAAAAGAUGGCUCACUUUUACUCACGUCAUCAGCAUUUGUCAAACCACUUUCUUCGCUCUGGCGUAUCGGCGAAACUCAGGAACAUUUGAUUAAUUUUCCAGAUGAAUAUUUUGUUGAGUUUAGUAAAACAGUUCAAGAUCGCAUCAUUGGAACGCAAGGACAUAAAGCAACGAUAUAUGAUACAGAAACUGGUAGAGCCGUCGUUCGUCUUUUUGAUGAUCGUUUAGCGAAUAAUUAUACUCGCAAUAAAGCUACAUUUGAUCCGAGAGAUGAGUUAGUGUUAAAUGAUGGUGUAUUAUGGGAUGCUCGGGUGAGCGUGAAAAUAAUUCAUAAGUUCGACAAAAUGAAUACAGUGAACUGUGGAAUGUUUCAUCCGCGUGGAAAUGAAGUGAUCAUUAACUCCGAAGUGUGGGAUAUGCGUAAUUUCAAGCUUUUACAUAGCAUUAACGCUCUCGAUCAGUGCAAAAUUGUAUUUAGCGGUGGUACAGACGCUUUUUACGGAUCUGCCUAUUUGGAUCUCGAAGAAGUUGAUGAUAGAUUUCGACAAACAAUGUCUUCUUCUUUUCGGACUUUUGAUUCAACUACAUACAAAUUAAUAACAACAGUAGAUGCUAGACGAGCUUUGUUUGACCUUUGUGCUGACCACAAUGAUCAGUAUAUGGCUUUGAUUGAAACUCAUGGUAAUUCAAGUGAUUUAUUGGAGUUACGAGAUAAUCUUUGUCGACUGUAUGAAGUUGGAAAACAUCGCGAACCAGAUGAGUGUGAUGAAGAGGAAGAUGGAGGCGAUGAUAACGAUGAGAUUGGUUCAUCAAGUGAAAUAGACUCAUCAAUUGGAGACACAACUUCUACUGAAACUAGUUCAAAUGGUAAUUCGGAGGGGAGUGAGGAGUCGCUGUAUGAAUUAGCGCAUCUGAAUGAUGAGGAUGAGCAGACUCCAGAUGAGGAUCGUGUCUCAGAACAUGGUGAAAAUUCUCAGGGCGGUGGUGUCGUAUUGAGAAUUGGAGAACGAGAAGCUCUUAAUAUCGUCUUUGAUACUGGGACGAACCGUCGUGAUAUCCGAUUACUGCACGCUCUAGCGACAGAAUCAGAUAGUGAUGAAGCAGAUAUUAGCUUCAAUCCCGAUGACGAUCUUACAAAUGGAGAUAUGCACCCGGGCUCGAGUUCGAUUGUUUUAAACCCUGUACUUCGAAAACAGCGACGAGCUGGUCGAGAAUAG